CUGAGUAUUUGACUUCACAUUCUCUUCUGAACGCUAUAAUUUGAUACAAGUUUCUUCGCAUAAAUUUAAUUGACAAUAUGUUUACGAAAACCUUUUUGUUCGUUUUACUAGCAACAUUGUCCAUGUCGUUAGCUAAGGAUGAUCAACAUGAAUUGGUCAACCAAAUCCUUAGUACAGGAACAGUACUCACGAAAGAGUUUUCCAAACUGGUUGCAGAUAGCCCAGACAAACUUUCCGUAGACUUCAACAAUUUGUACAAAAAGUUAGAAGUUGAUGCAAAAGCUGAACAAGCUAAGAGUUUUUUGCAAACUCAGUUUAAAAAAGCAGCUGAAUCCUACAACGAAUCUUUGAAGAAAACUGAUGCCAUGUCCCAAGAAAACUUAAAGAAAACUAUUGAUAUCAUUAAAAAAGAAGACCCAAUCUUAGGAGAGAAAUUAUACAAGUUCUACGAGAAAACAUGUGAAAUGGACAAAAUAUCCGAGGACAUUGUUAAGUACAUAUUGGACGUAGACAAAAUUACUGGUGCAUUAGAUAAGUAUAGGUCAAGCAUUAGCCCGUUUAUCCAUAAAGCGACCGAAGGAAUAAAAAAGUUCGAGACUUUUGUAGUUGAACAUAUACCAAAGAAGGACAAAUAAGAACGUUUCCACCAAUUAUUUCAACUUUCAAAAACCAUCUAUGUACAUUGUACCAACAGAUGUAUAAUUAAUAUUAAUGUUCUUUAGGAAUUUUUUUACAAUAUUUAUGUGUAUUACAACUACUUCACUGUUCAAUUAAACUAUUAUCAUACAUUUAUAAUAUGCCAUAAAAUAAACAUAGUUUUAGUUUUUAUAAA